CUCUCACUCGUGGGCCGUGGAACCUGCGCGGUCACGAUGCCGUGUAGACAUGGGCGUCUUAUGACAUUUGAAAUAAGUGAAAAUAAUUACUGCGACAACAAAUUUAGUCGAGCGAACACAUCUAUGCUCGGUCCAGCAUAUCGCGCACACUCAGUUUAAGGAAAUGCACCAGACCUGUCUCACCACUCUCAGAAUGAUGCUCUCAGCACGAGUCGGAUCACGAGCCGCUCGAUCAGCCGUGGGAGUAAUUCUCAAAUCAACAUUCCCGUCGGUUUCCAGAGGCCGAUAUGUUUCGCGGGACAUAUCAACUUCGUCGACCUGGAGUUCGCAAUCUCGCGAGACUCCUCCCACGCCGCAAAAGAUGCCUCCGAACUCAACGAAAGGGCAGGAUAGCAAGCCCCAACCUUCCACGUCCGUCACAAAACAAAAGCUACCAGAGUUUGACUUGAGUGGCAAGGUAGUCCUCAUUUCCGGCGGAGGUCGAGGGCUUGGGUUGAGCCAAGCGGAAGCGGUCCUCGAAGCCGGUGCAACAGUGUACGCCCUUGACCGCCUAGAAGAAGUCUCCCCUGAAUUCAAAGCCGUCCAAGCACGCGCUGAGAACGAGCUCGGCACCGCUCUGCACCACCAUCGGGUCGACGUGACCAACGUUCCAGAACUGAAUCGUGUCGUUGAGGAGAUCAGCUUGGAACAUGGCCGACUGGAUGGGUUGAUUGCAGCGGCUGGUGUCCAGCAGGAGACGCCCGCGCUUGAGUACACGUUUGAGGACGCCAACCGCAUGUUCUUGAUUAACAUCACGGGAGUGUUCAUGACGGCGCAGGCGGUCGCGAAGCAGAUGAUUAAGCAUGGGAAUGGUGGGUCGAUUGUACUCAUCGGGAGCAUGAGCGGCACCGUCGUCAAUCGGGGACUCAUAUGCCCUGCAUACAACACCUCGAAAGCAGGUGUACUCCAAUUGGCACGAAGCCUCGCAGCCGAAUGGGGAGAGUACAACAUUCGCGUCAACACUCUUUCUCCAGGCUAUAUCGUGACAAAGAUGGUAGAAAUGCUUUUUGAAGAGUUCCCGGAGCGGGAGCACGAAUGGCCGGAACAGAACAUGCUUGGACGCCUGUCGAAACCACAGGAGUACCGUGGCGCUGCCGUAUUCCUUCUCAGCAAUGCCAGUAGUUUCAUGACUGCGAGCGAUCUCCGCAUGGACGGAGGCCACAGUGCAUGGUAAUGGCUGCCGCUGAUAUUCGAAAUUGUCCAUUGGAUCUUGCGUAGCGGCCCCGUAGCGGAACAGGAUAGGCUAGGAUUAUUGAGACUGGGGUCUGCCUCAUGUAAUUCAACCUCUUAUGACGCUUGCAAAAUUCAAUUCUCCAUUUCCAGUGCCGCGAAAUGCCCAUUGCCAACCUUGCCCGCAACACCCUUCUUCAACUUUAGUUGACGUUCAAUCUCGCCAUCCGAGACACCCUUGUUCCGCAUAGCUAAUGCCUUUUGUACAGUCAACACAUCAAGGAACUCUCGGCCCGCGAAGCUGGGCCGGCCAACUUCUGCCUCCUCUCGUGCCGAUGCUUCUUGGAAACGCCGCCUGGCGGUCAACAUGGUAGCGGCGUGGUUCGCGGGAGACCGCUGUGAUGAUGCAGCUUGGCUCUUUGCUAGUUGUGGAUCGGAUGGAUUUUGGUGUGUGAGCGGGAG